AAUUGCGUUGCCUCUGCUAGGUUUUAGCCCCUGUCAUCUUACACCCCGGCCUAGCCUCCAUACGGUAGUAGUUUGAUUGCUCCUACGCUAGCGCCGGGACUGAAGGAAGCUUGGUCACUCUUGUUGAAUCGCUUGAAUCCUGCCAUUGUGAUAAUCCCAUGCUUCCCAAACCGCCACCCAGAACCCAAUUCUCUCGUUUCCCGCUCAAGCUACAUCCACGGAGCCCUGGAACACCAGCGAGAGACAUGCCGCUCACGACAUAGCUAACACGGUAGUGACGACGAGGCCAGUUAAGCCGGUAAUGACAGAGCAAGACGAGACACAAUGGCCGACAGCCCAGUCCAUCCGGACCUCCACCCGUCCCCAAACAUGGCCAACGCCAACGCCCACGCGCACUCCAACUCCCUCCACCUCCCCAUCCAAGGCGGCCCCGGCCACGACGACAUCGAGCUCACGCCGACCAGGCGCCCCUUCCAAGAAGAAGUCACCAGCCCGUUCCCGGAGGUGAUCGAGCGGUCAAGGCUCGCGCCAGAGGUAGUGCCACACUCUACCCUAGAACUAGCGCCGGUCGCCUACAGGCGACCACCACCACCACCACCACCACCAGCAGCAGUAGCGGCGGACCUCAAGCGAUGGGAAAGCACAAAGUCGCUGAACAGCCACUACUCCACUCCGCCGCCAUUCACACACACACCACCACCGCCGCCGCGUCCUGUGCUGGGGUAUGGUGGUCAUGGCUAUAGCGACCUGAGCAACAGCAGAAGCAGUCCGUAUGAUGAUCGGCGGCCGUUGCCGUUGCCGAUGAUGGACGCAGGUGCGGCGGGCGGGGACGGGGACGGACGGAUUUGCGGGAUGCGGAGGCAUCUGUGCUGCAUCGGGUUGGCGAUUGGCGUGUUCUUGCUCGUGGUUGCUAUCGCGACCGGGGUUGGGGUGGGGAUUGGCACGCGGAGGAAGAGCAGCGAUCCAUCGCCUAGCCCGUCAUCAACUCGCACGCUCCCGGCUCCGACAGCCACCAAUGCGCCGUCGAACUCCAAUGCGAUGAUGGCCUGCCCGGGCAACAACCUCACCAUCUAUACCUCCCAACAAAAACCCCAAAAGAAGUGGCUGCUGAUGUGUGGUCGCGAUUACAACUCACAACUCAGCUUCACCGUGGACAUGUACAACACCGUGGCAGCCACCCUGUCCGACUGCCUGGACAUCUGCGCCGGGCAGGACGGGUGCGUGGGCGCCGGGUGGGGGCGGAACAGCUGGAACGACGGGCGGCCGACGUGCUGGCUGAAGAGCCAGCUGGGGCAGUGGAACGACGCACCGAAUUGGUCGUUCUUUGUUGAGGACUCUGGGACUACGUAGGUCGUGUCAUGGAUUAUUACUCUGCUGCUUAAUUGAGAUGUGUGUUUAAUUUUAUUGUGGACUUGCCCAGCCCCAGGGGAAUCUCACUUUUUUGGUGGGGGUGUCGAAUCUUGAAGGGCAACAGCGUUGGUGGAAUUACCUUAUGGCCUGGGUUUUCUCUUUUCUAAUAAAUAUCGUA